AACGCCACAAUGGUCGGUCUGUAUAAUGUGUUUUUAUUUGCUUUAGUUUCUUCUCAAACUAUAUUCAAGGAAGAAGUAAAACCUACAAGUCAAGAGGUAAACUUUUUGACUCGUUAUGGCUAUUUACCACCACAACCACAUGGCUCCGACUUCUCUGUCACGGCGCAGUCCAUAUCAGAAGCCGUUAAGAAGAUGCAGAAAUUUGCUGGACUGCCGCCUACUGGAGAACUUGAUCCGGAAACAAUGAAGUUGUUCAGAAGAAGACGAUGCGGCAUGAAAGAUAUUUUGGAUGCAAAGACCAAAAAUCGUUUAAAACGUUACAUAUUGCAACAGGGAUGGGAUAAGAAGACUAUUACAUAUCGUGUGCACAACGGCUCCAGCACUCUAGAGCAGUCUCGUGUGGAGGCUAUCAUGACUGCGGGUCUGGCCGUAUGGGCCCCCCACGGCAACCUCCGGUUCAUACAAGUAGAAGAGACAAAGGCGGAUAUAGAAGUAUCAUUUGUCAGCAAAGACCAUGGGGAUGGUUUUCCAUUUGACGGUCCCGGCCGAAUUGUGGCCCACGCGUUCCCUCCUCCCCAUGGAGCGAUGCACUUCGACGACGACGAGCUGUGGGGUGACAGCCCUGACGAAGACAACGAAGACGUGACGGACUUGUUCGCGGUGGCCGUCCACGAGAUCGGGCACGCGCUAGGGUUGUCACACUCCGAUGUCAAAGCCUCUGUUAUGUAUCCGUACUACCAAGUGCCGGUGGAGAAGUUGCACGAGGAUGAUAUUCUGGGAAUGCACGAGUUAUACUUAAAAGAGGCAACAACUUCCACUCCAGCUGAGUUUCUUUAUGCGAAGCCGUCUUCCUCCGUGCCUCGCUUCACCAAAUCUGACAUCAGCUACGAGGAAGAGGAUGAUAUACCCGACCUCUGCUUCACCAACUAUAACACUAUACAGUCUAUGCAGGGCAAAUUGUUUGUAUUCGAAGAGGAGUGGAUGUGGGUGUUAUCAAGAAGACGAAAAAUCAUUGAUGGCUACCCGAAAAAAAUUCACGAUGUUUUCGUUGGCCUACCAAAAUAUAUCGAUGUAAUAAAAACUAUAUACGAGAAGCGAAAUGGCCAUAUUGUUAUUUUUUCAGGGCGAUUCUUUUGGGAGUUCAGCUCACGAUACCGGCUCAUCAAGCGCGGUAGACUGUCAGAAUACUCCGUUCCUCCUCAAGUAUCUGAGCUGACGUCUGUGUUCAUAUCCAACUACAACAACAAGACUUACCUGAUCGAGUACGAGAAGUUCUGGCGUUUUGAUGAGCACACCAUGACGAUGGAUAAGGGGUAUCCGAAGGAGAUGUCUGCCUGGAGGAAGGUCCCCUAUCCAGUAGAUGCCGCUUUGAUAUGGGAAGGAGAUACAUUUUUCUUCCGCGGCCCACGUUUCUGGCGCUUCGACAACAAUAAAAUACAAGCCCACGAAUAUUACCCUCUGCCGACCGCGCAGAUCUGGUUCCCGUGCGCUCCCACGCCCGAAAUGGCGAGUUACACCACCAACGAAGAUAUAUAGAGUACCCCAACCUCAGGGCUGUAGGUCUGCUUACGAGAAAAUAGAACUUAGGAUUGACAGUAAUUACGUCACCUUACUAAAUAAUCUUUCUGUGAUAAAUACAAUAAGUUAGUUAAGCAGAUUUGUUAAACUUAAAAUUUUGUAAUAGUUUUUAAUUUAUGCAACUGUUGUGUAUUAAGGGGUAUUAAAACACAAAUGUGGGUUUGUGAUAAUAGUAUCACAGUAGUGUUUUAAUACCUAAUUAUCAACA